CCCCGAACACAAAAUCCAAGUUCACUUCACACCCAGAACUUCGGCGCAGCCACCACCAACACCACCACCACCACCGCCGCAAUCACACAAUCCCCACCGUGAUCCGGUGGCGACAGAGAGGCUACACAGGGGGAGGCAGACGAACGCAAGGAUGUCGGAGGGCAGCGAAGGGAAGAUAAAGGCGGCCGCGUUCCUGGCUUUUGCUGGCUGCGCGCUCAUGGUGGUGGCCAUCAGCACCAACUACUGGGCCGUGCUGGAAGCCACGGCGAGCACGGCCAACGCGAGUCUGUGCGAGUCGGCGCACCUCGGACUGUGGCGCCUGUGCCGGCAGCAGUCGGCCCGCGACCCCGCGGUGGAGGACGGCGGCUGUCGGAAAGCACACUUCCCCACCAGCGAGAUCAAAUGCGCCUUCUUCAAGCACUUUAAAUUGGGAGCCGGAGAUGACUUUGAGGUCGCCACGCAGAAAGAGUACAGUAUCUCAGCGGCGGUGAUUGGCCUCCUGAGCUUCGUGCUGAUGAUCCUGGGCGCGGUGUGCGUGGGCGCGGGGCUCAGGAAGAACCGCACCUACAUGAUGCGACCUGCUGGCCUCUUGUGCCUCUGCGCUGGCCUGUGCGUGGUGGUGUCGGUGGAGGUGAUGCGUCAGUCGGUGAACCGCAUGAUCGACAGCCACGCGACCAUGUGGGAAGCGGUCACCUUCUCGUGGUCCUUCGGCUGCGCCCUGGCGGCCGCCACCAUCCUCUUCGUCUCCGGGGUGGCGCUGGUGCUCAUUUCUCUGCCCAGGAUUCCGCGUAACCCCUGGGAGAGCUGCCACGACUCGGACGAAGUGCCCGAGCAAUAGUCGCGCGGUUCGACGCAACGUUGUCACCGACAGGAAGACGACAACGCGCACGCGGUGAUGGAGGAAUCGCCGUUUUGCCGGGGGUAUAGAGCAGGGUUCGUCGUCGUUUGAAGUCGACUUUUAACAGGCGGAUCGACGGCUUUGAGAUUAAUUCUGAAGUCGAGAAAACGAGUCUCGUCCCAUAUAGAACCCCUAACACAUCCAAUGUAGAGCCCUUGAGAAUCCGUUUAUUGUUGAAAAGGGGUUAUGAAAAUUAUAAACUACAUCCCACCAUCCCAUAGAGAAGCAUUUUCUCAUCCCAUAUAGAAGCCUCGUCUCUUAUACAGAAUCUUAGUGUCAUCCAAUUAUCGAGCCCUCAUCCCAUAUUGCGCCUUUUUCGAAUCCUAUACAUAAUCCUUGUCACGUCCUACUACAUACAACAUCCUCAUCUAAAGCCCAUACAAAACCCUGUUCUCAUCUCCUUGUCUGAUAAGAUACAUCUACAUUUUGUGCAAUACAGAACCCUCAUCCCAUUCAUUACAGAAAGCUCGUCUCAUCCCACACAGAACCCUUGUCUCACGAGGAUGAAAGUUGAGCUCACAGUGUAAACUACUUUGCAAGGCGAAUAUUGAUUAAUCGAAUCAUCGACUGAAAGCGAUUCUUACGCUGUUGGUGCACGCAUUAGAUUGUGCCAUUGAGUAUCAUUUACAAUGUAUUCAAAUGACUGUAUAUGCAAAUGAGACAAUGCAUUUGACAGAAGCAGCAAGCGAGAGAAGUUAAACGGGACGAGAAAACAAACCUCAAUGUUAGAAUCGUUACUCUGCUCCGGCAAAUUCCGCUUGCUCUAUCCUUGCGAAUCACAAACUCCACGGCAUCUACCCUAAUCGUUUAAAUGCAAUCUAUAAACUUAAACUAAAAUAUUUUUUAUUAUACCAGGUAAGGCCCACUAAGCAACCUGGCCACAGACGAUAGCUCAACGAAGCGGCUUAUCGCGCGGAAAUGUUUAGCAGCCAAAUACUCUAAAACGCAUACUCAAUGCGUUUAAGAUGCCAAAUACUCAAUCACAUUUGCACGCACCACCUUAAGCGACUAAUUGCCUGCCAAACAAGCCUGCGUCGAUUGCACGAUUAAUCGAUAGGUGGAGCCUGAGCUGGAAUCGUUGUUUUUUGUUGUUGUAUUUUAUAUGCACGGUUGUGUUUCCCUCGACGCGAGCGGUUGAAACCCCGCUCCAGCGAUCGACGCCAAGUGACGGAAUCGCUCUGUAGGGGGACCCCCCCCCCCAGGGGGACCCCCCCCCCUUACAGGGAUCGUCGAGUGGGGACGUGGGGCACGCGGGAUGUGGGGGUGUGGGUGGUGGUUGUGGGCAAAAUGUUGGGAUUCGUGUGACCGCAUGUUGGUGGAGUGCUCACGUCGCUGAAAACUUCGGAGAGAAUGAGGUUGAGAAAUGGGGAAAAGCCACGUUUGGCUCGAGUGAUGGAGAUUAGGGUUGUUAGCAUUUUUUUACGCAUGUGAAAAAAAUCGCUAAACUGUGCCUUAAUAUGACAUUUUUCAGAUGAUGCGGAUUUUUUUUCUUUUUCGGAAUAUUUUGGUUUGAUGAGAAAGUUUGCCACAACUUCACGUCACGUGACAUCGGUCGACAUUACUUUUCUCGUGCGAAGCCAGGUCACGUGUUAACAUUGUGAUCCAAACAUCUGACGGUCCAAUUCAUGUUGUUGUUAUCCAACAUUGACCUUAAACAAAAAUCUCGAAAUCAAUAUUUGUUUUAACAUCUGAAAACCAUCUCUAAUUGAGAUCAUCGUCAGGUGGCGAAACACUUUAGCCAAUUUGUUGUCCUUCCCCGCACCUUUGAUUAGCACGUUUGGCUACGUACGGUGCGAAAGAAGUUCAACACACAGAGCAUUGCAACAUGAUCUCGAACCACGAUGGCCUAGCACAAUCGCCACCUCCUGGCCUCUUAUCUUCUCUCCAACCCCCCAUUUCACUUAUGAUUCGCUCACCCGUUUUGGAGCUCGCAGCGAUGAAGUUUGUCGCAUUAUAUUAUACUUUGUUAUCCUGCUGGAAUGUAACCGAGUGUUCAGUUAUCGCCUUCGUAAUUUUCCACCGCGUUUAUAGGCGGCAAGAUUUGUUAUGAGCACGACGACCGACUUUGGAAUUAAAGCGCAGGCCAUUGAUUGCUCUUUUUGUGGUGUCGCUGCGUAGCUGUGAAGCAGCUCACGGGGCAUGUAGUGACCCCAGGGUUUGGGUGUGAGACAGAGACCAAUUAAUAGAACGUGAAAUCCAUCCGGCACCAACUCGGAACCAUCAGGGGAAAUAACGCAAGUGCUGAAAACUGGUGUAAUUUUUUUUGUAUCUAAACACC